CAUCACUACAACAACUUAUUAUCUUUAAAUGUACAACAAAAACUGGACAUAAAAAGCCUCAAUGUGUCUAUGUUCAGGUACAUGCACAAAUAACCAUAGGCUAUUGUUUUGAUAUUUCCAGUAAAUCCAAAUAGAAGUAAAGGCAAACAAUGAAACUAUUGCAAACCCAAUUGAAUAAUAAUCAUUGGAGCAACCUGGAUUGAGGCAUCUACGUACGUGCAAAAAAUGACAAACAGUAAGAAAACUGUUAAAGGAAAAUGAAACUCAUAAAGUAGUUUAAAAUAGUAAUUUAAAAGAGCUCUCGUGCAGAUCAUCAUAUUCCAACCUAGGAUUCUAAUUCUAAUUCAAGGGUAGAUUUGAAGACUACUUUUUUGGAUAUGCAACUGGACACAGAUAAGGAUGCAGACGCUGAGGAUGUUGCCAUAGUUGCAGCAGCACAAGAUGGAGAUAUGGCCAUGGUGACGAGGUUAUUAGAUGAAGGAUGUGAUGUUAAUAAAAUAGGUCCAAAGCAAUGCAAUGCCAUGCAUAAAGCAGUAAAGAAUGGUCACCUAGAAAUGGUAACUCUACUACAAGAGCAUGGGGCAGAUGUAAAUGCUCCAAUGACAGACCAAACAGGCCACUGCCCUCUCACAAUAUCUGCAGUCAAUGACAAUGUGGACAUUAUGCAUUUCUUGCUUAAGAGUAAAAAUAUCAAAAUAAACCAGGUGACAAAGGAUCAAUUGAGAAGUGCCCUCCAUAUAGCAGUAUUACAUAACAACCCAUCCUGCAUCAAACUCUUGCUAUCGUACCAUUGUGAUGUCACAAUGAAAGACUUCACUGGAAACACACCCAUUGGAUUGGCUGUUGUAUGCAACAUGAAACCCUGCGUGGAGGAAUUUGUGCAUCAUGGGUGUAAUAUGAAUGUGUUAUCGUACCCUGAUCUACACAUAAGCCCAGGGCUAUACUGGAAACCACAUACCCUCGUAGAAACAGCCUUACUCAACAGGAAUCAGAAUAUGGCAGAACUCUUAGUAAACAAUGGUGCAACUGUUGGGAACAUCCAGGAUUAUGUGAGCCAUAACAGUAAUUACACAACUGAAAGGGUGGUCAUAUUACGGGAUGACGCCAACUUAUGGGUCAAGGAGAGGAAGCAACAUCCCAGGCCACUAAGUGAACUCAGUCGUUAUCAAAUCAGGAAGCUAUUAGGUAGUAAUAUGACAAGCAAAGUGAUGUCAUUGCCACUGCCUUCAAUAAUGCAGCAUUACUUGACGAAUAUUCAUUGUGAAUAGUUGAAAUUACGCAAGCAAUAUAUAUAUGAUAUGGCUACAUGUAUACUGUACAUUUCAAAUCUUUUUUAACCUUCAUAUAUUAUACUAUAAUUCAUAUUUUAGUUAUUGUUCAAUUCUCUCAUAUGGCAUAUUCUAAUUUUCAUAUAUUGCUCAAUAUUCUCUUAUAUGCCAAAAUUCAUAUUUCUUAAAUCAUUUUCAAGUCAUUUUCAAUCUCAAUAAAGUGUUCAUUUGAUUAAUUUCAAACUCGGCGCCAACUUGCAAUUUUAAAAUCAUCAACAAUUCACAAUGCAAUGUGCAUAUACAAGUUCAUCAAAUGAUGUCAAUGGUCAUUAAGUGCAUCUAUUAUAGCAUGUAUAUAUUUUUAAUAGAUUUUGUACUGGUUUUGUAAGUGAUCUUUUCUAAUAAAUGUUACUUAUGAAAAUAUUUGAACUUUCUUGUAACAAUAUAGAAAUACAGAUAGAUGGUGCUAAUUGUAUUUAUGUCAACCUGAAGAAGUAAUAACUAAA